CCCGGGCUGUCCCGAGCUGGGCUGUCCCGAGCUGGGCUGUCCCGAGCUGGGCUAUCCCGGGCUGUCCCGGGCUGUCCCGGGCCCGGAGCGCCCCCGUCCGCCCCCUCCCGCCUUCGCAGCGCUCGGGCCCCUCCCGCUCACCCUCCCGGGGGGGCGUGUCCUCCCGCUGAGUCUCCGCCCCCCGCCCGCCGGGGCCAAUGGGCUUGCGGCGCGCGGCCCCGCCCCCGCAGCCGUGCCAUUGUUAUGCAAAUAAAAGGGCGGGUAAAAGGCGCGCGCGGCGCCGGGGUCACUCCAGACGGGCGCGAGCGGAGCCAGCGCAGCACCGAGCGCGGCAGCGGCGGGGCCGGGAGCGGCCACCGGGACCCACCGCGACCCCAGCGGGACCCCCAGCCCCGGCAGCACCGCAGCACCGCCCGCCCGCCGCCGCAUGCCCGGGAGGGCGCCGCCGUCGCCGUCCAUGCGGGGCGGCGGGGCCCAGGCGGCGGCAUGAGCCAGAGCGAGGUGUCGCCGUGCGCGGCGCCGCCGCCGCCCCCCAGCCAGCGGGUGUUCCAGGAGGCGGUGCGGCGCGGCAACACCAAGGAGCUGCAGUCGCUGCUGCAGAACAUGACGAACUGCGAGUUCAACGUCAACUCCUUCGGGCCCGAGGGGCAGACGGCGCUGCACCAGUCCGUCAUCGACGGCAACCUCGAGCUCGUCAAGCUCCUGGUCAAGUUCGGCGCUGAUAUCCGCCUGGCCAACCGCGACGGCUGGAGCGCUCUGCACAUCGCCGCCUUCGGAGGCCACCAGGACAUCGUCCUCUACCUGAUCACCAAGGCCAAAUACUCCGCCGGCGCACGGUGAUGCUGGGGCUGCUCCCCCGGUGAUGCCGCGGCUACCCCCCUUCUGCUCCCUCGGUGAUGCCGGGACCGCUCCCUCGGUGAUGCCGGGACCGCUCCCUCGGUGAUGCCGGGACCACUCCCUCGGUGAUGCCGGGACCGCUCCCUCGGUGAUGCCGGGACCGCUCCCUCGGUGAUGCCGGGACCGCUCCCUCGGUGAUGCCGGGACCGCUCCCUCGGUAAUGCCGGGACCGCUCCCUCGGUGAUGCCGGGACCGCCCCCCGGUGAUGCCUGGUCCCCCCCACCUCGCUCUCCCCCGGCGAUGCCGAGGUCCCUCCCCGCUCCCCCGGCCGCCAGAGCUGCUCCCGCCCCCGCCCGGGGGAGGGUUUGGCGAAGAUUUGGGGCCCCACGCAGAACACGCCACCGCUUUUACGUUUUUGGGUUUUUUGUUGUUUUGGUUUGGUUUUCCUUCCAAGGGUUGUUUCCUACUGUAACAUGUUUUUUUUUCCUCCAUCUACCUCGGCUGCACUCACAGUAUUCACGGUUUCAGUUUGACAUCUGGGCAGAUGUUUUAACGCCCCCUGUCCCUCCUCGCUAAUAUUUAAUCCCUCUCCCCGCUCCCCUCGCUCCCAACCCUCCCAUUUAAAGUAUUCUGGCUCAGAAACGAUUUCAUUUCAACGCUCCCCAAAAGCCUCUCCGCCGUCCCCCUCUGGUGCUGGGGUCCCCUCUCCCGUGCCAGCCGCGGCUCCAGGCGCAAUGGCCCGUCGAUGAGCUGGGGGCUCCCGGUCGCCCGCGGCCCUUGCUGGCGAGGAAGAGCAGGAAAGUCUUCCUCCUCUCCAAGGUUCACCCAGUGUUUUCCCACCGCUGAUUUUUUUUUUUUUUUUUGUCGAGGCGAUUCCGUUGGAAUAUGACAGACGUGGUUUUCUCACCCCAAUUGCUCCUCGUUUUGGUUGAUUUUUCAUUGGGUUUUCUGCUUUGGUUCUUCCUUGGGUGUCCGAAGAAAGUCUGUGUCCUCACCCACUCCACGAAUCCGUUUAGCACACGUGAGAUCCCAGGAAAAGACAUUGAGUCCUUCUGAUUUUGUGUAUAAAGGGGGAUUAGCAAAUCCUGGACUUCUUUUUUUCUUAAAAAAAAAAAAAAGUAAAAUAAACUCUAGAGGCAGAGGAUUUGCUUUUGCACAGAAAAGGGGCGCGAGCGCUCUCUGCUGCCUACAGAGAUGCUGGAAAACUACUGAAAAGAGUUUGGGAACUUUAUUUUUUUCUUGUGGUGAAACUUGGAUAACACUUCUCAAUGCAGAAUGAUUCACUUGACGUAUGUACACUCACCUGCCUUUUAUAGGAGAUAUAUAUCCCACAGUAUAUAUCUUUAUAAAGGAAAGGGGGGAAGCAGAGUGAGCCACCCGAAGGCGCAUUUUGAAGUGACUGCACGUAUAAUCGCAAAUGCUGCUUUUUUAUUGCUAUGGCACAAGACCAUCCAUUUGGAAAAUGUGGAAAGUUUUAGAAGUCUCUUCGCUCCCGCUGAUCUUUCAGCCCUCUCCUCGUCUGCACUAAAGCCAUCCGUAUCACUGCCGUCUACCUGCUCUCUCCUCUCUCACACCCUGCAUCCAAACCAUUCCCAUUAAAAAAGAGAAAAGAAAAUAGUUACCUGCUGGUUUAUUUGGGUUGUGUCUUACCUAUUUAUCAUGUUUGUAUAUAUUUGUGGUGAAGAUUGUGAGCCUGAUUUUGUUUGAAGCUGGUGGUGAGUGUUUCAAAAAUAUGGUUUGGGAAAUAUGCCUUUUGUCUGUUGGUUUUUUUGUUUGUUUGUUUUCCUAGUCUUAAAACUAAAAAAAAACUAGAGUCUGCCAUGAUUAUUUCCCAUUGCACUGAAUAUUCUGCUUUGUCUCUGAUGGUUUCACCUGCAAUUUGGGUUUUUUGUUUGUUUGAUGUUUUUUGGUUUUUUCUCCACUUUAACAAUUUGAGAUGAUUUCAAAAGCUCCAAAUUUAAAGAAGAAAGAGAUAAAAAGCUCUAUCAAAAGCAUCUACUGUUAAUGCUGUAAUUUGCAAGGAACUGCUUGGCUGAAGUCUUUCUGUGAGCAUGGAAGGGGGUGUCCAGCACUUCCACUGGUGCUUCUGUGCGAUAGUUAUGGGGUGGGAACAAGACCUUUUCUAGUGAGGUUUUGUCGUCGUUACCAGAUGGUUGCACAUUUUUUUUUUUUUUACAUAAAUGGAUUUGCCACAAUGAAAUGUCAUAACAUUUAUGACAUGAUAUUAAAAAGUGUAUUGUAAAGCCAAGUUCUAGAUGGAUUUUUAAAAAGAAAUCUUGGUUAUAAACCCAGUCUAAAGGGAGCUCUGUCCAGUGUUGUAAAAACAACAUGAGGUAGCCCAUAUUUAUAUUUUUAUAAAAUACCUAUUAAGACUGUGAAUCUCCUGUGUGAAUUGCUGGGUGAGUUGUUUAAGAAAAGUAUUGUUCCUUUCCAGCUUCCUGGAGCUUUAGACACGCUGAGAUUUUUGGGAAACUGUACGUCGGGGAAGGGGGUUUGCUCUGAGAUCGUGAGUUGAUGUAUUUUUACAUCCCUUUGUAUUUUACUGAAAAGCUGCUGCCCUUCCUAGUCCCUAGAGUUUCAAUUUUCUAUGCAACCCCCACACCCCUGGUCUCUCUUGAUCCUGAGAAGUAAAAGGGAUGCAGACUGAUUCAAAUUGAAAUGAGGGUCCCCCCACCCCCCUUGUUGGCUCAUCGUGCUGCUGACCCUUCAUGCCAAAACGGGGAGUACAAGAAAAAAAAAAGAGGCAGGUGGGGGAGGCUCUUUCAUGCAUGACUGGUUGCCUUCCAGCAGUCAUCUUUUUAAUUAUUAUUAUUAUUUUUGUAAGAAGAAUAUAUUGAUAAUGUCAGUGAAAUAAGCAGACAUUGAAGCUGAUGCACAGAUUGCUCCAGAAAGGAGUUUUUCUGUAGAUUUUUCUUUAGAUGCGAAUACCUUUUUUAAUUAUGUUAAUUAAUGUUAAGAAUUCUUAGGCUUAUAUUGAAGCUGUAUGUGGGUCACUAUAUGAUCAUUUCUAACUGGAUAAAGUCUGUACAGUACAGCAUAUUCCUGAGUGUAUGAUAUAGACGUGUAGCCCCAGAGUGCGAAAUUUAUAAAUAAAUUUUUCAUUGAUCUUUUUAUAUAAAAAAAA